AUGCCCGGGCUUGCGAAUGAAACCGCCUUCCACCUCAUCACCGUCAAAGAACUGCAUCCUACGUUUGGUGCAGAGAUCAACGGCGUGGAUUUUUCGAAAGCGGUCGAGAAUGAUGUGUUCCAAGAGAUUCUGGUCGCCAUUCGUAAGUAUGGAAUCUGUGUCUUCAGAGACACUCAACUCGACGAUAACCUCCAUGUUCAGUUCGCUGCCAAGUUCGGCGAGCUCGAUGAUGUGACACCAUACUUAGCUGGCGGCCGACCCCAUCGACUUACAAGUCCGCAGCUGUUCGAUGUGGGCAAUAUUGAUCUGGACGGGUCUGUAUUUGUACUUGACCAUAUGCGGCAGGCGUUCAAUAAGGGCAACGGCCUGUUCCACGUCGACUCCAGCUUCAACCCCCGUCGAGCAGGGUAUUCCCUCCUCCGUGCUCACGAACUCCCACCAAAGGGCAUGGGAGGAAACACCGAUUUCGCCGAUACGCGCGCAGCCUUUGACGACCUAGACAGAGAACUGAAGCGGGAACUGCUUGCAAACGACUACGUAGCUGCCCACUCGCUUUGGCACUCACGCAAGCUCGCGUCGCCGGAAGCUCUGAAGGAUGUCGAUCCAACUGCUUACCCGUUUAGCCGACACAAACUCGUACAGAUGCAUGAGCCAUCAGGGCGGAUGAACCUAUAUAUUGCCGCACACGUGCAUCAUAUUGAGGGACUGGAGGAGGGGAAGUCAAAAGAGCUGUUUGACAAGUUGUACAAGCAUGCACAGCAGCCUAAGUACGUGCUGAGCGUAGAGUGGGAACAUAACGGGGAUCUCAUCCUGUGGGACAAUACUUCGGUGAUGCAUCGAGCUGCGGGAGGCAUUUUCGAGGGGAAAUAUAAGCGCGACAUGCGUAGGGCGACGGUGCAUGAUGCGAGUUCUACUGCGUGGGGACUAAAUGAGAGAACUGAUGUCAGACAGGGGCUCCCGUAG